ACAGGAACCCCAGAUUCUCAACAACAAUGCCAGUCACCAACUUCCCCCGGUCCCCUCUCCCCGGGGCACUACUCUCCAGCACAAUCUCCCGGGACUUCUGCCCCACAGAGUAAUGGGGGAGACCCUGCCAACUUUCAGAAUACGCUAGAUAACUACUACUUAGAUCAACAGCAGCAGCAACAACAAACUGAUGCCCUACAAACUGAUGCACUUCAGCAUCAAUUUCAACAGAAUUUCGUGUUGCAGGACAAUGUGAUCACAAGUAUAUCAAAUAUGAACUACAACAACUCUCAGAUGUCGUUCACACAGUCUCAGCUUCAGGGGAGUGUACCUGGAGGUGGGGGACAGGUUCAGGGAACUGUCUCAGGGGGUGGGAUUGGCCAGCCCCUCGACCAGGAACAAUACCACCAACAUCAACAAUUUUUUCCCCCCAGUCACCCCUCACCCCAGUCCCCCCAUCCUAAUAUGAACAGCCCGAUGACCCCGCAGGGGAUGGAAUCGCCGAAGAAUAACACUAUACCCGACAUUAUACUCACUGGUGCUGAUGAGACGCUGAUAAGCAACAUGCGGCAAGACUUUGCCAAAGAUUUAGGAAAUGCCAUGAUCUCAGUGGACUCAUUUGACACAGACAAUUUCUUCCCCUCGGACGAAGCCCUAAAAGUGGGUCUAGACCCCUUGGAUCUAGAUGGUCUUCAGAUGUUAACGGACCCUAGCUUAGUUGCAGACCCUGCAACAGAGGACUCAUUUCGACUUGAUCGGUUAUAAUAUUAUGACGUAUAGGCCUAUGUUGGGCUUUUGUAGUAUAUAUUAUAAAACAUAUUGUAGCUGUGUUAUAUUGUGCUCGAUACAGUCCUUUACAACUGCAAUAGCUGUAAUUACAGAAUAAACAGCUGUAGUAACAAUGUAAACCGCUGUAAUUACAGUGUAAGCAACUGUAGUUAUGGUAUAAACAGCUGUUAUUACAGUGUAAACAACUGUAGCUAUGGUGCAAACAACUGUAAUUACUGUGUAAACAACUGUAGCUAUGGUGCAAACA